AUGGCGGACUUAGCCUUCUUUGAGGGCAGCACCCCCUCAGACGAAGAUCAUCGAGAUGAGUUUCUGCCGAGUUCGAGUGGUCUUUCCCCGGAGGACAAACCGAGCCCGGGCCCGAGAUCCUUCGACCUGGAGAUAGGCCAAGAAUCUGAGGAAGGCCUCGAGUUUUGCCCCUGGAGACUCAUCCGAGCAUAUCCACAAAAAUACCUCUCAGAACACCAAAGAGAAGUCGCUUCAUUCUUCGACUUGAAACUGAUGAAGGAACGCGCCUGGGACUUUUUCUUUUUGUUGGAUCCCAACAAGAAUAACAGAGAUCCUAUAUUAUUCGUACCCACAUUCCAGUUCCAGAAAUUCCUGGAUUAUGCCAACUCUCGAAGGAGUUGGUCCCUCUCUAUCCCACAAGGCGAGCACCGGGCAAAGUUUUACCUCACUUUUGGCGAGUUCGAUGAAUCGCGUCCGCGCUUCUUAGGUCGCGUGGAUAGUAUGGCAGAAGUCGACUCAUUGAACCCAAUGAUCAAAAGGCUUCCUAUCCAUUCUUCUAAGAGCCAGAGUGCUAUUGCUUUUGAACAGUAUAGAGACAAAGUGGAUAGUAUAUAUACUUCCAUCAAGCCACACAAUAAGAAGAACAAAGAUUCUGAGGCGCAUCGGACGAGGAGAGCAAUGCGACAGAAGGGCUACGGGCGAAUGGUCAAGCGUACACAGAAAUACCUCGGGCUUCGUGACAACGUUGCUGACCAAACCAAUCCCAGUCAGCAUUAUUCAACUUACCAGAAUUCGGAUUUGGACGGACCAACACUUUCUCAGGGAAACUUGGUUGCGGAUUGGAGCGUGGAUAUGCUGGUCCCUUUCAAGGUGAAGAAUUCCGUACGGUUUAUCUGCGUUGAUAUUGAGGCAUGGGAGGAUUCGCCAAACAUCAUUACAGAAGUGGGACUGGCCGUCCUCGACACGGAAGACAUCAUGGAUAUUCCACCUGGUGAAGGCGGACACAACUGGUUCUCUUCGAUGAAGUCGUACCAUUUCCGCAUUAAAGAACAUGCCCACAAUAUUAACCAUAAGCAUCUUGAAGGAUGCCCUGACAAUUUUAAUUUCGGGUACGGUUUCUCCGCCGAUCCAGUCCAGAGAUUCGAACUGACAUUUUCUAGCAAUUCCCAGUUCGUCAGUAUUGGUGAAAUCAACAGAGAGAUCGGAGCUGUCAUCGGAGACCAUUCGUCUGAGGAUCGAAGGCCGGUAAUCAUGGUUGGGCAUGACCUUAGUCAUGAUCUAAGAUACCUCAGGAAACUGGGGUAUAAUAUAUGGCGGGUGCCACAGUUCUCGGAUGAAAUAGAUACGCAAUCUAUGUUCAAGAGCCUAGAAAGAGAGAGAAAUGGCCGUGGCCUGGCGUCAGUCUGCAGUGAGUUGGGGAUCCAGGGAUAUCAUUUUCAUAAUGCAGGGAAUGAUGCAGCCUAUACAUUGCGUGCUAUGGUUGCCAUGGCAGUCCGACAGAUGAAUGAGAAGUGUGGGAGGAUACAUCACCGAAACGAAGAACGCGAUGAAGACUGGAGCGAAGGUGAAAAGGACGAUGGAGGUCUCCCCCAGAAGUCACCCGAGCAGGUUUAG